AUGAGUGGUGGGUCUAUGCAUUCUGUUUUGGUUGGGCUUGUGUGCCUGGCCAUUGCCUCUGCUAUUUCUUGUUCUAGUGUUGGAAGCUCCAACAACAUCAUGUGCUUGGAGAGUGAAAGGCAUGCUCUUCUCCAGUUCAAGCAAGGCCUUGUGGAUAAGUCCAACGCUCUUGCCUCUUGGAAAAGUGAGAAAGAUUGCUGCAAGUGGAGAGGAAUAGCCUGCAACAACCAAACAGGUCAUGUCACCAGUCUUGAUUUCUCCUUUAGUUAUGAUCCAUAUCUCAAUUCUAUUGAAGUUCCUUUUAGAGGUGAAAUUAGUCAUUCACUACUUGAAUUGCCAUAUCUAAAUUACUUGGAUCUCAGUUAUAAUGAUUUUGAAGGAACUAUGAUUCCCAAGUUCAUUGGCUCUUUGAGUCAAUUGAAAGAACUCAAACUUGCAGGUGCUAAUUUCAGGGGACCUGUUCCUCCCCAACUUGGAAACCUCUCUAAUUUGCACACUCUUGAUCUUUACGGUAACCAAGUUGUUAGUUCUGAAAAUCUUGAGUGGUUAUCUCAUCUUUCUUCCUUGAGAUACCUGAACAUGUCACAGCUGAAUUUGUCUGAGGCUGUGAAUUGGCCAGAAUCUUUGAGCAAGCUCACUUUACUGACAGAGCUCGAGUUAUUCAUGUGUGACCUUCCUGAUGUCAAUCUAAGAUCACUUUCCUUUAUUAAUUCUUCCACCUCUCUUCAACUCCUUGACCUCUGUUAUAACUCUCUUAAUUCUUCAAUAUUUUAUUGGAUAGCCAAUGUCAGCAGCAAAUUUAUCCAUAUUGGAUUGCAAGGAGAUCAGUUACAAGGUCCCAUCCCAGAUGUCUUCAAAAGCAUGCUUUCUCUAGCAUCACUAGAUCUCUCUUUCAAUCAACUUGAAGGUGGGAUACCAAAAAGCUUUCAAAACUUAUGCAGCUUAGAGUCGUUGACCUUACGGUCAAACCAAUUGUCUGAAAACAUUGAGGACUCUAUUAAAAACUUGUCUUGUGCUAAGAACACACUUGAGACAUUGGACUUGAUAGGGAACCUGUUUUGGGGGUCGUUGCCAGAUUUGGCACGUUUUUCAAUGUUAAGAGAGUUAAAUCUUGCCGCCAAUCAACUAAAUGGGUCUCUACCCGAGAGUGUUGGGCAACUUUCUAGCCUUGAAGUUUUAUCUCUCGUCCAGAAUUCUCUGAGUGGUGUCAUAACAGAAGCCCACUUUUUGAAGCUCUCUCGUUUACAGUGGGUGGGCCCAGCUUUUCCCAAAUGGAUUCUAACGCAGACAAAUCUUGCUUUUCUUUAUCUGUCUAAUGCUGGAAUAUUUGGACCAUUACCUGAUAAGUGUUGGGAUCUAUUUUCUGGCAUAUCUGAAUUAGAUCUCUCUAUGAACCAAAUACAUGGGAAACUGCCGAAUCUGUCAACAAGAAGCUUGGUUGUUGUCAACUUGUCUUCUAAUCUACUUUCUGGCACAUUGCCAUCAUUUUCUCCGAGGCUCAACGGGUUGUACCUCUCGAAUAACAUGAUUUCAGGACCACUGUCUUCCUUAUGUGCAACGCAGAUUCCACAUUUGGAGUAUGUUGACAUUUCUGAGAACCUACUGUCAGGAGAGCUUCCUAACUGUUGGAUGCAAUUUAAAUUAUUAAGAGUAUUGAAUUUGGGCAGGAAUAAAUUGACUGGAAAAAUACCAAGCAUGUUGGGAAAUUUAAAGGUAAUUAGGAUAUUAAAUUUACAUGGUAACAAGUUUUCAGGAGAAUUGCCUUCUUUUGAAAAUUGUACGGAAUUAGCAGUUGUUGACCUUGGGGACAAUAACUUUUCCGGCAAGAUACCAACAUGGAUAGGCCCAAGCCUAAUAAACUUGGUGAUUCUACGCUUACGUGCCAAUGAGUUCAAUGGAAUCAUACCCUUAACUCUGUGCAGACUAGCCAUCAUUCAUUUUUUGGACCUCUCUCACAACAAUAUUUCAGGAGGCUUGCCACAUUGCUUGAAUAAUAUAUCAGUUUUGGCUGAUGAUUCUGUCGGAGUUAAUGGUUUAUCUGUGGAACUUGUGUGGAAAGGAAUAGAAAUUGAGUUCGGGGAAAAUCUUGUGGGUAUGAGAGGCAUUGACAUUUCAAGCAAUUAUUUGGUUGGAGAAAUUCCGGAAAGUAUAACGCGUCUGACAAACUUGAUUUCUUUGAACCUGUCAAGAAACAAUUUGACCGGAAAGCUUCCUGAAAACUUUGGUAACAUGCAGAAGUUAGAAUCUCUUGAUUUGUCAAGAAACCAGAUAUCUGGUCAUAUUCCUACCAGUUUUUCGAGUUUGCAUUUUCUUGGAGUCUUGGACUUAUCAAACAACCAGUUGUCCGGAAGAAUUCCACUAAGCACCCAACUUCAGACUUUCAAUGCUUCUAAAUAUAUGGGAAAUCCUGGACUCUGCGGACCACCACUCUCACCAAAUUGCCCUGGAGAUGAAGCAACUGAAGAUGAUCAUGACAAGGAACACGAUAAUGAUGGUCUCAUAAGCUUGAAGUUCUUCAUCAGUACAGUGUUGGGAUUCAUCACUGGGUUUUGGAUAGUCUGCGGCAGUUUAUUGCUUAAGAGUUCUUGGAGAUAUGCUUUUUUGAAAUUCCUGGACAAUGCAAAAGAUUGGAUUUAUGUCAGAGCUGUUGUCUACAAAGCAAAACUGCAGAGGAGGCUUCAAAGAUAA